AUGUGUUUCACUGAUAGUGUAAGGGACGAACGUGGUAAAGUUAGAUAUGGAAUUGCAACAUUUAAAGGUAUAUGGAUAGUUGAUGGUUUUGUAACUCUUAGCCCUGAACAAGCAGCCAAGUAUCGAAUUAGGGUUUUGGAUUUUGUUCAUGCAAUUAUGGGGAUAUUGGUGUUUAUGGGUGUUGCUUUGUUGGAUCAAAAUGUUGUUAAAUGUUUGUUUCCAUUGCCAUCUCAAGAAACUAAAGAGAAACUUGUUAUGUUUCCUAUUGGAGUUGGAAUUGUUUGUGUUUUGUUGUUUGUUUGUUUUCCUAGCAAACGUCGUACCAUUGUCUCUCCUCUUUCUAAACGCUAA